AUGGAAAAUAGUUGUAUGGCCAUAGACGAGAAAAACCGUGACGUUUUGUGGUUGCUUAACCAUUGCAAAUGUAUUACAAACGUAGACGCGGCACCAAAAAGUUCCAUCGGAUAUGGAUUUUGCGUUUUCGCGUUAGAGGCACUGACUGUCGUGGAGAAAAACAUCCAAGAUACCUUUUCAGAAAACGGGAACCACCCUUUGGUAAAGCUCGUAGCUAACGAAAAGCUGAAAUCAGCUUUCAAGAAGAACAAAAGACUAGUUUCAUCGUAUACAGAAUCCGUCCUCGUCAAGGAAGCGUGUUCAGUGAUCAUGCACGAGGCGACUGGAUGUAGUUAUAAAGAGGCCACAGAGGCUCUGCAACGAACGGUGGCCAAAAGUUUUUUCACAGCAUAUAGCCUGGCAACAACUCACCGCUCGAGCAUAAAAGAAUAUUGGUCAAGCGCCCUAGCGGAUAGACGUAAAGCCUGGUGAACACAAAGACGCUAACAUCCUGCAGAAAAGUUCAACAUGGCUGACAACACCGUACGGUCGGAAGAUGUGUAAGGACAAAAGUGGGAUCGUUGCAUUACAGACACCAGUUUACUGUUAACUGUUGAGUUAUCGAUUUCUACAGAACUUAAGUGUGCACCACUGCAGUAUGAUGACAUUUAAGUUUUAUAGACUUUCAUGCAAUAGUUACUGUCACACAGCUCCGGACAUUGAAAGUGGAAGGACGGAGAACCACACAGAAACAAUAUCGGCGAAUGAUGAUGUAUAUUUGUUUUAAGUUUCGUGAAAUAGGUACUGUGAAACAGCCCCGGACGUACAA